AUGCACCUUCUACGUCGUCCACUCCCUCCCCGUCUUCGUCCGUUGUUACUAAGCGACAUAUCUAAUGGAUCCGAAAUUUUAUCACCACUUUCAUCAGCGUCCGGCUCACCAAAUAGUUCAGCUAGAUCAUCACGACCAUCGAGUCACACUCGUUCACCACGUCUUCUACCACCCCUGAGUGAGGAAGAUCGUCACCAUUCAAAUCCUGCCAUCGAAUCUCGACAGAAUGAGCCAUCAGCUGAUAACCAAUUGACUGUGGCAAUGAAAGAUAAGGAGACACCUGACCAAGACGAUGAUGAAAGCGAUGAAAGCGAAGACGAACGAGAAAAGAUUUUACGAGAAAGAAAUGAAAGAAAGUUGCUAACUCCACUAAAACCACGUGAAUAUUCACAUUUUAAUAAAUUGCAACGUUCAGUUACAACAGCCAAACAACGAUCACUUCUUCGAACUCCAAAACACAGAGGACCCCCUGCUCUACCAGCCAGACGAACACGUACUUUCUGUGAUAUUAAAUCCCAUUUCACGCAUAUAACAGACGACGAAUCGUACAAUGUCGCUAAUCGAUUUACUUUCAAUGAUUUCAUUCUUCAUUCGUCUGGAUCAAACACUCGAUCAUACGAAGAAACAGCUGUAAGAAAAGCUUUCCUAUCGAAAUAUACAUACAAGCAGGUAUGUGAAAUGAUUGCCGAACGUGUCUGGGCCGAUCGACGAGAAGGUGGACAAAUUCAUAUCCAAACAUUGGUACCUGAUAUCGAACCAUUUCAAAAUCGAGUACCUAUGCAUCAAAUCGUAGCUGAAAUGGCUCUUGUACUUCGACAACACAUGUCACAUAUAAUUGGCUCUCAACUGAAAAUGAAUAUACGAACAUUGCCAAGUUGGCGACAAAAGGAAGGGGCACACACGGAAAUUCUUCUCUACGAAAAGGAAAAUAAAAAAGAAUCUCAUGCUGAACUCGAAGAGACUGACGAUUCAUUUGAAUACAAACGCGAUACGGGGGCUCAGAUUGCCAUUUUAGAUAGUUUAAUAAAAAAUGGCACACAUUUAGAUUUACGUGCCUUUACAUUGGAAUAUCUUCCAGAUAUUUCCUUGAUGUACAUCACUUUAGUUGCCAUUGAUCUGUCCUACAACUGUUUCCAGACUAUUCCAGAAGAAUUAUUCGAAUGUACAAAGCUUGAACAUCUUUAUCUGCGUCAUAACCCGAUCUCUUCAAUAGGAUCUGGAAUGAAUAAACUACAAACGCUCGUUUUUCUCGAUAUGGCAUUUUGUCAGUUGACUGGUUCUCUUACCGAAAAUUUAUUUGGAUUGGUCAAUCUUCGUCAUUUGGAUAUAUCCUACAAUCUCGUCCAAAAUAUUCCGACCGGUAUAGCAAAUUUAAGAAAUCUUCGACAAUUGCUUUGUGAUGGGAACGAACUUAAUCAUUUCCCAGCAAGUACGAUUGGCAUGACUAAUCUUCGAUUGGUCACUGCAAAAAACACUUGGCUUUUACCUCCACUAGCCAUGGUUGAAAACUCAACAAAACCUCAAAAAUUACUUGAAUUAACCACUUCUCGUCUCAGUCAACUUCAUUGGAAGGAACUCUUCCAUAAAAUUCCCGAUUCGUCCAAAACCUUACUUGCUAAUGCUCAAUUAUGUGAUACUUGUUCGAACUUACGAAUUGGCCAUGGUUUUCGUAAAAUAAUCAUCUGUGAAAAUUUGUUUGGGAUUAAACUACUACCAGUUCUUUUUGUCAGUUGCACACCUGAAUGCAUACAACAAUUUUUAUCUGAUAAAGCUUAUAAUCGAAAAAAAAUGAAGUUGAUAACACAUAAUAUGUUAACAUCAAACAUUCUUAAAGGUGUUACCAAAGGUUUCCCGUUGAAAAUCAAAAAUGCCAAAUUCGAAACGGUUUCUGUUGAUUACAAUCGUGAUUUCAUCACUCGAAUCCUUCAACGUAUCGAAUAUGACGCACUCCGAUCAGCAAUAAAAGACUUAGGUUUAAAUGAAACGUUACCUGAAUCCUUAUCCGACAGUAUGCAAGACGACGAGGAAUUUUUGAAAAUAAUGCAUCGCGUCUUGCUGGAAUAUGAAAUUGAAGAAGGCGAAUUGAUUUGUCCCGAAACCGGUCGAUCGUUUCCGAUUUCCAAAGGUAUUCCGAAUAUGUUAUUACAAGAAACCGAAAUAUCCUAA